AUGGAGCCUUCAUAUGUACCAACCAAACGUGAAAUGCUCAAACUCGUAAUGAGCUUGUUUGAUCCACUUGGAUUCAUAACCUUCUUCCUCAUUCACGGACGAAUUUUAAUCCAGGAGGCGUGGGCGGCUGGUCUCGAUUGGGAUACCCCGAUCAACGAUCAAUUGCUUUCAAAAUGGAGUCGAUGGCUGAGUCAGUUUUCUACGUUGAACAACCUUCAAAUUCCACGUGGGUAUUUCCGACAUAGAGUGUAUGAGCCCAAACAACUUCACGUGUUUGUUGACGCGAGUAAGGAAGCGUACGCCAGCGUAGCAUACAUAACAGCGACAGGACCGAAAGGGAUCGAGGUUGCAUUGGUUUCGGCUAAGAGCAAAGUAGCUCCUAUCAAAGUACUGUCAGUUCCACGACUAGAACUUAAAGCCGCAGUCCUAGGAACUCGUCUCGCUGAAGCCGUGAUUUCGUCACACUCGUUUGAAGUCAAUCGCAAGUUCUUCUGGUCUGAUUCUAAGACGGUCCUCGCAUGGAUCAAUUCAGACCAUCGCAGGUAUCACCAGUUCGUGGGAGUGAGAAUUGGUGAAAUUUUGUCAUCAACACGUAUGAACGAGUGGAGGUAUGUUCGUUCGGGAGAGAAUCCUGCAGAUCCUGGUACAAAGUGGGGAACUGGACCUAGAUUUGACUUGAAAAGCUUGUGGUUCCGUGGGCCUUCAUUUUUGUAUGGUCCGGAAGAAGAAUGGCCACAUAAUCGUCAAUUUUCUACUGCCGCAGAAUUAUCUAACACACAGCACGCUCAUUGGCAGGCUCCACAACCACUUAUCGAGGUGAGCCGCUUUAGUAAGUGGGAAAGGCUUCAGCGAACACAAGCAUAUGUGAUUCGCUUCAUCGAGAACAUUAAACGUUUGAGGAAGGGAGAGUGUGCUCGAUACGGUGUACUACUACAAGACGAAUUACAACGGGCGGAAAAACUAUUGUGGAAGCAAGCUCAGGCUGAAGUUUUUGAAGCAGAAAAGCGAAUGUUGCUAGAAAACCAGAGAAAUUCAAAGACACGACACAAUGUGGUAUCGAAAUCAAGCUCCAUUUAUAAGCUUUGCCCGUAUUUAGACGAGGAUGAAUUACUUCGGAUGCGAGGAAGGAUCGGAGCUGCAUGGUACGCACCAUAUGAAGCUAAGUAUCCGGUUAUUUUGCCAGAUAACCACCUAAUAUCUUCUCUCCUUACAGACUGGUUCCACCGCCGCUACCACCACGCCCAUCAUGAAACCGUCGUAAACGAAAUGCGGCAGCGAUAUGAGAUACCGAAACCUAGAGCACUAGUCAAACGGGUUGUCAAGAACUGCUACACCUGUCGAUUAGCAAAAGUCACCCCACGCCCACCACCGAUGGCACCCUUACCGAAGCAACGAUUGACCCCGUAUGUGAAACCGUUUACUUAUGUCGGGGUGGACUAUUUCGGACCACUAUUCAUAAGUCAAGGUCGCUCGGAGGUCAAACGCUGGGUGGCCUUAUUCACUUGCUUGACAGUGAGAGCCGAUAACGGGACUUGUUUCGUGGGUGCGAACAAACAACUACAGCAGGAUAUACAAUCCAGAAACGACACCUUGACUGCGACGUUCACCAAUUCGAACACCCGUUGGAAAUUCAACCCACCAGGGGAUCCCCAUAUGGGUGGAGUCUGGGAACGUCUUGUGCGUUCUACGAAACAAGCCAUUGGGACAAUAAUCGAUGCUCCUCGUAAACCAAACGAUGAAACCCUACUGACAAUCCUUUCGGAUGCCGAGUCGAUGAUCAACUCGAGACCUCUGACGUAUGUGCCGCUGGAAAACGCCGAGCAAGAAUCAUUAACCCCGAUCCAAUUUUUACUUGGGAGUUCAUCAGGUGUGAGGCAACCCCCGUCGGAAUUCGUGGACUAUCGUACUAAUCUUCGGAGCAGUUGGACUCUUGCACAGCACAUUACAGACACGAUAUGGAAAAGAUGGAUUGAGGAGUACUUGCCGGUCAUCAGAAGGCAAGGAAAGUGGUUCGAUGAAGUUCGUGAAAUCCGGAAAGGUGACCUAGUGUUAAUGAUGGAUGACGCGGUGCGAAACCAGUAUGUAAGAGCGAGAGUUGAGAAGGUGUUUCUAGGACGCGAUAGACGAGUUCGCCAGGCGCUGCUGCGCACAGCAGCAGGGAUGUACAAAUGGCCAGUAGUUAGACUGGCGUUGCUCGACGUUGGAUUAGAUGGAGAAGUCGCUGAGGAGUCUACAUAA